AUGCCCCUAAAGGUGAUGAAGGUCGUCUCUGAGAUGCUCCUGCUCUUCGUGGUCACCUCCCUCAGCCCCCUCCUCCCUGCCUGGGCCUUCUCCCAGGGCGCCAAGCCCUCCUCCUGCCUGUCCAUGGAGCCGGGGCACAUCCGUGCCCAGCCCCAGGACCCCCAGCAUAGCCACGUCACCCUGCAGACCACCGCAACCUCCUACCUCCCUGGGGACACUCUCUCAGUGGCAGUACGGAGCACCAGAGACUUCAUGGGCUUCCUGUUGCAGGCCCGCACCGUGCGAGACGACCACAUCGUGGGCACCUUCGUCCUGGUCCCGCCCGGCUCCCGGACGCUGCGCUGCCUUGACGCGGGAGACACGGUCACGCACUCCGACAAACUGCUCAAGAGGAACCUGUCCUUCGUCUGGAGGGCCCCGGACAGGCCCCUGGGGGACGUGCGCUUCCUCAUAACAGUGGUGCAGUCGUACUUUGUGUACUGGGCGCGCAUCGAGUCCGACGUGGUGCAUGAUAGGACGGAGAACUCGAUUGGAGACGGACUGGAAGCGCAGCCCGGACUGUGGGUGGACCCGGCUAACCACACCAGCUCAGCUGAGCUCAGUGAGGGGUUCUCUAGUGGGGGCCAGCAGAGAGAGGAGGACCCUGGCAUCAGAUCCACCCUCCCCACAGCCUCCACAGGGGGUCCCACUGCCCCAGCCACACCCCCAGCCCUGGGAACCUCCACUCUGCCCCUGGACCAGGCCCAGACCACGGCUAACAGCCAGAGGCCCAGCGGUGCACCUGAGCCUUGCCUGCACUGUGAACAGGAAGGACAGAUCUCGGUCAGUCCAGGUCCUGAGGAAUCCUCCCCACUGACGACCAGGGCCGAGACCCCGGCCGAGACCCCGGCCGAGACCCCAGAGGAGCCCAGGCGGAGCCCGCUGUCGGCCCCCGACCCCCAGACCGAGGCGCCCCCCUCUUCCCCUCACCCCGAACCAUCCCCCGCCCCUCGCCGCUCUCCCCUGGACCCCGGGACCCAGACGACGCCCCAGCCGACCCCCGCCCCCGGGUCCCGGGUGCUGCAGAAGGGCGUGGUCGCACGGAACCUCUCCCGGGGGGCCGACACGGGGCCGGCCGGGGAGGGAGGGGCCGGGGGGAAGGGGGAAGGGGAGGCUCCGGGGCCAGGAGGGACCCAGAGGACCGCCCUGGAAGUGGGGGUGCUGUUGGGGUGUUCGGCCGGGCUGGGCAUGGUGCUAGCGGUGGGGCUCAGGUACCUGCACAGCCAGUACUGCCACAAGCGCACGGCCGUGUCCCUCAGCGAGCAUGAUGGGAACAUCAUCCACGUGCACGACAGCGGCGAGCUGGUGCAGAUCCGCAAGAUCCGACAGAACAGCUUCGUCCUGCUGCAGGCCGAGUACAACGUCAUGACCCCACCGGGGAACUGAGCGCAUGGGAGCACGACGGACACUCACUCACUCACUCACUCACUCACUCACUCACUCACUCACUCACUCACUCACUCACUCACUCACUCACUCACUCACUCACUCACUCACUCACUCACUCACUCACUCACUCACUCACUCACUCACUCACAAUCACACAC